UCAAGUCAUACACAUCCCAUUCCAUUCCUGAACCCCGAGUCCUUUGACCAGCUUUCCCCCUCCAACAACAAGAAAAAAAAACAAAUCCACUUUCUCUUUCGUCCCAGUGUAUUAAGGCGUCGCGACUGUUUCGGCUUGUUCAGAGCCCGUUCCCUGUCUUUGAACGCGCCGCAAGCCAUUGAUAGACACUUCUCUUUUUUUUUCUGUUACCCAUAUCCUUCUUUGACUCGACACACGACACAAAACCAGUUCAGCGAGAAGUUUGAGGCUACGUCCCGUUCCAUAUUUGUCGUCAUUUUACUGUAACUGCAACGAACCAGAGCCGAAGAAGCAAGUAAAAACACCAAGCUGUCUGUUGUUCUCUUUUUCCGCUCAUCGGACAAACGCACCCUCCAAGGUUUCCCAGACAGACGGCCAUCGUCUCUUGUUUAAACUUUCAACACAACCGGCGAACCUCGAUUAUACUUUGGCUGCACUCGUACGGAACCCCAGCUACAGUCGGACGAACAAAGCAGGAUUCCACAACAGGAAGGAAAAUAGACAGGAGGAGAAGACAGAACUUUCAACCGUUGACGAGAUCAGAAGCAUCAACGAGCACACGCAACGCACGAACAAACCCACAGAGGCAUUACGAUUGUGUCCCCUGCUGACAGAUAGCAAGGGUCUUACGAGAGAGGCGUGGUACUCCUUGGUUACUAUUAUCGCUCACACGAACCGACUUCUUGUCCAACUUUUGGGGGGGAAGGGUUGCCACCGUCGCUAAAACGGUCCAGGCGGUCGCCCCCCAAUCUGAUUGUUGAUAUUUUCGUUACUCAUCCACUGCUCUGGGCGACGAUCUCCCGGGUCAGAAGACGCAUUAUCCGAACCAGAACGAAGGGCCAACCACCGCUGCCCAUGCUCGCCCCCACGUGCAUUGAGUAGCCAUGGUAAUGCCCGGCGACCAUUCCAUGCAGCGGGCGAGCCUUCAAGUGGCACCCCUCGCCAUCCGUAACAAGGGCUCCCGUCUCGGCCACGGCUCUGACACCGAGAACGAUGCUUCUUUCACGUCAGUCUCGAGCAACAACAGUGACGCCACCAUCACGGACUCGAGGUCCGACGCAACAAACCUCAACAAGACAACAGCAACCACCACCACCACCACAACAACAACGACCACCACGAGCACAACCAAGAAACCAAACGCCGCGAUCGAUUCGUCCAACGGCUCCCACAUGAAGUCGUCGUCGCGCAAUGGCUCGCGAGAGGAACCGCUGGAGGCGGAUCCGGACAUGGCUCCGCCCGUCUUCCACAAAUUCUUGCGGGCCUUCUUCCACUUCAAGCCGAGCUUCCUCAUGACGGACUCGACUGUUACACUGCCGCUGGCCGAGGGCGACGUAAUCCUGGUGCACUCGAUACACACCAAUGGCUGGGCAGACGGCACCCUGCUGGCAACCGGCGCCAGAGGCUGGCUGCCGACCAACUACUGCGAACCAUACGGACCCGACGAACUCACGAACCUUUUGAACGCCUUGCUUAACUUUUGGGAUCUUUUGCGUAGCACGUCGGUCAACGACCACGAGAUAUUCAGCAACCAGGAGUUCAUGAAGGGCAUAAUAGCCGGCGUCCGAUACCUACUGGAACGCACAAACUCUCUUACUAGAGAGGCCCCUCUCAUUCAGCGCCACGAGGGCCUCAGACGCAGCAGGAAAUCGCUAUUGUCCGAGCUUAGCUCGCUGGUCAAGACGGCCAAACGCCUCCAGGAGCACCAGCGUAUGAUUCAGCCCAUUGAGGACACUAACGAUAUCAUUGACGAGAUGAUCCUCAAGGCAUUCAAGAUUGUGACCAAGGGUACUCGCUUUCUAGACAUUCUGGAUGAGGACAGGAAAUCUCGAGCACCAUCAGUCACGGUCAUGGCAACCGUCAUGGAGGAGGUGACGCCGCCCGUCGACGGAAAGCCUGCAAAUAGCGAACAGGCAAAGGCACUGCGGGCGUUGACGGCAGGUGCAGGCGAAGACUCGUCUGCCGUGGACGACACCACGGAGCAGACGGUCGUUGUACGUCCUACUAACAGGCGCAUGUCGACCAUCACAUCGCCAAUUUCGGCAACCAACACGAGGAGAAUGUCGCUGGGUAGCAACCCCCACCGGGUGUCGACGGCAAUCUCGCACCGAGUCUCGCUUGUCCCAUCACCAUCCACCAAGGCCCAGAACCUCAUCUCACAGCAAUUGAGCGACAGCCACGAUACCUUCCUGUCAUACCUGGGUUCGUUCAUCGGCCGCCUGCACCUGCAGUCCCAGUCUAGGCCGCAUUUGGCGCUUGCCGUCAAGCAGUCGGCAACGUCGGGUGGCGAGCUGCUGGUGGUUGUCGAUGUGGUGUGCGCCCACAACCGCAUGAGCCAGGAUUUCCUUGAUGCUUACCGCGAUGCCAUGUUUGCACGUCUCCGAGACCUUGUCUUGGCGGCACAGGAUGUCCUGACCAGCCGCGGUCGCGAGAUGGAGGACGUCAUCUUUCCCCAGGACAACAGCAGACUGCUUCAGGCGGCCACGGGUUGCGUGCGGGCCACGGGCGAGUGUGUUGCCAAGACCAAAUGGUUCCUCGAAAAGAUUGGCGACUUUGAGUUUGAGCUGGAACGGGGAGCUUCGGCUCUGAACAUGGAUCUUGGCUUUUUGGAGAUUAACGUUGCCGAGGACAGGGAUAAGGACCAGGGCAUGGACGCCACCAGCAUCGCCGAGUCCAACAAAUCAGGCUCUACCGAAACCUCGACGGUAACGGCAACUACGACACAGUCCGCCGCGUCGACAACCGCCACGGUGCGGCCGACGGCCCUGGCCACCAACAAGCCGCUUCCUGAGGUGCCCCAAUCCACAACCCCCGAUGAGGAGGCCCCGCGGCCUCAACGAUCCCCCGCUUCCUCACGACCGACCUCGCUUGUGGAGGAGGGCCCUGCCAGCAUGGCUUCCUCUGUGGCGUCGCUGCGUCCUAUGCUGCCGCCUCUGCCCCGGCUUUCCACCUCGCUUAUGACGCAGGAUGAGUACAGCCCGUCGGAGCACUCGGCUGGCCACGACAGCGACAACUACCAUGGCUCGUUCCGCUCUGAGAGCAUGACAGCCUCCAGCUCCGGAACCGGCAGCACAUAUAUCAGCCGCGACUCGGAGUCAAGCCUGGUCUCACAGUCGUCAACGCGUGCGACAACGCCAGACAUUCCCUUGGCGAACCAAAAGUCGCUCUCGGAUAUUAGCAACUCUGGCAGCGGAGCUUGUGUGGUUGAGGAGGAUGACGUCGAGUCGAGGCUGCUCGAGAGGACAUAUGCGCACGAGCUCAUGUUCAACAAGGAGGGCCAAGUUACCGGCGGCUCACUCCCCGCUCUGGUCGAGAGGCUGACCACUCACGAGUCCACCCCCGACGCCAUGUUCGUGUCGACCUUUUACUUGACUUUCAGGCUCUUCUGCACACCCGUAAAAUUGGCCGAGAGCUUGAUCGACCGAUUCGACUACGUUGCCGAGUCUGCUCACAUGGCAGGUCCCGUUCGUCUGCGUGUCUACAACGUCUUCAAGGGCUGGCUCGAGUCCCACUGGAGGGACGAGACGGACCGCGAAGCCCUGAGUCUCAUCGAGCCGUUUGCUACUUUCAAACUUGGCGAGGUGCUUCCCUCGGCCGGCAAGCGUAUCCUCGAGCUUGUCGAUCGCGUCUCGGCGUGCGGCGGUGGUGCAUUGGUCCCACGCCUGGUGUCUUUGAUGGGCAAGACCAACACAUCCAUCUCUCAAUACGUUCCCGCCGACACUCCCCUGCCAAACCCGGUAUUCACCAAGAGCCACGCGCACCUGCUGGCCAACUGGAGGAACGGCGGCAGCUGCCCUAGCAUCCUCGACCUUGAUGCUCUCGAGAUUGCCCGGCAGCUUACCAUCAAGCAGAUGAACAUCUUUUGCUCGAUAAUGCCCGAGGAGCUCCUAGGCUCUCAGUGGAUGAAGAAUGGAGGUGCCGAGUCGCCCAACGUCAAGGCCAUGUCGACCUUUUCCAACGACUUGUCCUCGCUGGUGUCGGACACAAUCCUGCACUACAACGAGGUCAAGAAGCGUGCAGCCGUGCUCAAGCAGUGGAUCAAGAUUGCCCACCAGUGCCUGGACUUGAACAACUAUGACGCCCUCAUGGCGAUCAUCUGCAGUCUCAACAGCUCCACCAUCACGCGCCUCCGUCGCACGUGGGAGGCCGUCUCGCCUCGUCGCCGUGAGCUCCUCAAGCAGCUCCAAGCCAUUGUCGAGCCGUCUCAGAACAACAAGGUCCUGCGCGGUCGCUUGGCCGGCCACGUCCCGCCCUGCCUGCCAUUCCUCGGCAUGUUCCUCACCGACCUGACCUUUGUCGACAUUGGCAACCCGGCCAUCAAGCAGCUCCCUGGUAACGAGGGCGACGGCAAGGCUCCGGCCAUCACCGUCAUCAACUUUGACAAGCACGCCCGCACGGCCAAGAUCAUCGGCGAGCUGCAGCGCUUCCAGAUUCCUUACCGGCUGCAGGAGCUUACCGAGGUGCAGGAGUGGAUCCAGGCCCAGAUUGCACGACUCCGCGAGCUCGAGACGCCCAACGAUAACGUCCAGGUCGCCUACUACCGCAAGAGUCUGCUGCUCGAGCCCCGCGAGGUCACGGCCACGCCCCAGACGCUACGAAACUCGUCCGAGACGUUUUCCUCGUCGUCGGCCACGCUCGCACCUCCAAGCGCCAGAGACUCGACCGCUGCCAACGGCAGAGCAGCAGAGAGAACUGCUCAGUCGCAGAGGACGGAUUAUUUUGGCUGGAUGCGAGGAUCUGGGGGCAGCCACAGAGAUCAUCCUGCUGCUUGAAUAUCCAACCAAGGACAAUUCAAAUGCGUCGAAACGAAACGACGAAUAAGAACAUACACCAGUGCCCGUCACACACUAGAGUGUCAACAGUAACCAAACGCCCAACAUACCGAAACCCAUCAUCAUAUAUUCUCACGCUCCUUUGUCUUUUUUUCGGCGCCGUCGACUAUUCAAUUGAUACCCAAACUUUUUUUUUUUAUCUUUGCUCUUUUGCUUCCCAUCAUUACUACUUCGCUUCUACCACAUGUCUAAUCAAUGAGAUUCUGACUUUGUUUUCCGACGCUUGUGAACAAACAACCCACUCUUAAAGCAUAAUUUUCCAAUGCCGCAACGAAAGCUCCAAGAGAAACCACAACCUCCAUUGUACAGUGUAUCAAUAUGUUCCUCGUCAGUCACUUGAGUGAUAGAAGCAGGACUUGGCUUCUGUCAUAUUCUUUUACCUCUUCUCUUCGUGUUUUUAAUAACAGUCUUUUUUUUCUUUCUUUUUUUGUUUGCAUGCUCUGGAGGUUUCGGGUUUUCUCAUGGCUUGUGACGGCUGAAAUGUUGUUUUCUUUUUCUCAUCUUUGCGAGGGAAGACAAAAUACAAGACAGGCGUGAUCUUGGAAUCAUGCUCUCUUGUAUUUUAGUUCUUCCCCCUUUUUCAUCACUCGUUUUUCAAGUUGUUUUUUUUUCCAAAUGUCGGCGGGUUCUGGGUUUUCCUUUGGGACAAGGCAGCCUCAUGGAAUGGGGUCUUCGGAGUCGGGAAAAGGGCGCAAUAAAAAACACACCAAGGAAUGGAGGGACAUACUUGGGAGGUUUGGAACAAGGGCAUUUCCCCCUUGCAAAAACAAAACAAGAAGAGAGGGCGAUCCCAAUUGCAAAAUGAACUUUUUUUUCUGUUACUUCUUUCCGGUUGUUUGAAAGCGCACAGAGAUCUUUUUGUACUUCUUGUGACGAAUAUUUUCUCUCUUAGCUUUUGUUUUUUAUGACGAAUGGUCGUGGCUCGCGCCGCGCGUCAAGAAUGCGAACAAAAAAAAAGAAGACAACCCAUCAACAAAGAAAGCAUUAUGAUUAUUCACUUCUUUUCUCAAGCAAGCCUCGGAACCUGGGGAUCUUGUUUUUUGCAAGCUACACCUGCUGCGGUGGAGCGGUCUUUAUUAAGCGUGCUCGUGUUUUUUGGGUUUGGUAAACUAGAAAUAUUGUUUUAUAAUCUUCGACUAGACGAGGUCGAAGAAGAAGAGUCUUUUGAUGAAUCCUUUCGAGUUUCC